AAUCCUUUUGGUCUAAUCAAACCAAUCGAUUUUAAUUAUUAUAAAAAAAAAAAAAAAGCAGCAGGUAAUCGAAUUUAUAAUUUUGAUGGUGGCAUGGCGGCAUCGAGCUGUUAUUUUUCUAACAAUUACCAUAAUUGCCUCUGCAACUUCCACAUGAAUCGAGCCGUCGGAGCGCCGCCAUUUUGUCAUCAGCUCGGCUCCGUCAGGAUUUCCGGGCCGGGGCUCCGGCUUGAGCUGCCGAAGUGGAAGAAGAAGAGAUGCUCUGAAGCUGGACGCCGCCGUUUUAGGCUUCUUGUCAGUGCUCGCCUAUCCAGCUCCUUGUCGGUGAACAUUGGCUUGGAUUCUCAGGAUUCGUCGCAUUUGCCUAGGGUUGGACCGCUGCCCGGAGAUAUAGCUGAAGUCGAGGCUUACUGUAGAAUAUUUAGGGCAGCGGAGCGCUUUCACAAUGCUUUAAUGGAUGCUCUGUGCAAUCCACUGACCGGAGAGUGUAGUGUUUCUUACGAUGUACCGUCGGAGGAUAAGCCGUUGUUAGAGGAUAAGAUAGUUUCUGUUCUUGGUUGCAUGGUGUGUCUCCUAAAUAAGGGAAGAGAAGAUGUCCUUUUGGGUAGAUCGUCCAUCAUGAAUUCUUUCCGAAACCUAGAUAAAAGUGUAAUGGACGAUAUUCUCCCUCCACUUGCGAAUUUCCGUUCCGAGAUGAAAAGUUACUGCGAGAGUUUGCACGUUGCCCUAGAGAAUUAUCUGACACCUGGCGAUGAUCGGAGCUUAAAUGUGUGGCGAAAACUGCAGAGAUUGAAAAAUGUGUGCUACGAUUCUGGAUUUCCACGAAGGGACGAUCAACCUUGCCAGACAUUGUUUGCGAAUUGGGUUCCUGUUUAUUUGUCCACCUCAAGAGAGGAAGAACAAUCGGAGAACUUGGAUGUUGCUUUUUGGAAGGGCGGCCAAGUCACUGAAGAGAGUUUGAAAUGGCUCGUGGAGAAAGGAUUUAGAACCGUUAUAGAUCUCAGGGCGGAAACUGUGAAGGACAACUUUUACGAAUCCGUUCUCGAUUUGUCGAUUUCUUCUGGGAAGAUUGAACUGAUUAAACUUCCGGUGGAAGUUGGUACCGCCCCUUCAGUUGAGCAGGUUGUGCAGUUUGCUUCUUUAGUGUCAGAUUCGAGCAAAAAGCCUGUUUAUGUACACAGUAAGGAGGGAAGACGAAGGACUUCUUCUAUGAUCUCUAGGUGGAGGGAAUACACGUAUCGAACCACAUCAGCGAAAAGGCGAGCUAGUACGACUGACCUUAGAGUUAAAGAUAAUCGAGAAGUUGAAAAUUCUGAUUUCUCUGUGAAUUUGGAAAAAGAUAAAUCGUCUGAUACUGUAAACGGGUCAUUCAGUAAUCAAGACCCUCAAGCCAUAAAAAACCAAUCCCUUAGCACUAAAGGAGGCGAAAUUAGCAUAGCAACUACCGAGGGCACCUCUGUUAAUGGUGGAGUGGAAUCAGUUAUUGACUUCUAUGAUGAUGUGAAACCGAUGGAGUCUCAACUACCUCCUGCUGAUGUUUUCUCCAGAAAAGAAAUGUCGAGGUUUUUCCGAAGUAAAAGUGUUUCACCCGGAACAUACUUUAGUUACGAAAAGAAAAGAUUGGAUAUGAUAUCUGCUUUACUGUACAAAAACAAUGGGACUGUCUUGAAGAAAGACGUCGGCUCUAAUUUAAGCCUCAACGAAGAAAAGAUUAUGAAUGGAUCACCAUCGGAACCACAGAGUAUGGUUAUCCCUAACGGGUCAUAUCCGGAUACAACUGUACUUGCUAGCCCUACGACGACUCGUGUAGAUAAAUCCAAUAGUGGUGCGGAUAAUGAGGAAAAUGGUUCCGUAAUAAACACAAGCAAUGACCUAAAUAAGAAUGCCGCGUCAAUUGGUGUUGAAAGCUACCUCUCGUCAGAUGAUGAAAACAUGGAUGUGCUCGAAAGUAAUAUGUGUGCUUCGGCAACUGGUGUUGUGAGGGUGCAGUCAAGAAAGAAAGCGGAGAUGUUCUUAGUUAGAACAGAUGGAUUCUCGUGCACUAGAGAAAAGGUGACUGAAUCUUCAUUGGCAUUCACUCAUCCCAGUACUCAGCAGCAGAUGCUUUUAUGGAAAUCGACGCCCAAGACCGUGUUGUUGUUGAAGAAGCUGGGUCUAGAACUCAUGGAGGAAGCUAAACAGGUUGCCACUUUCUUGUACUACCAAGAGAAGAUGAAUAUUCUCGUUGAACCCGAGGUUCAUGAUGUCUUUGCUAGGAUUCCAGGAUUCGGAUUUGUUCAGACAUUCUAUAGUCAAGAUACAAGUGACCUUCAUGAGAGGGUUGACCUUGUAGCCUGCUUGGGAGGAGACGGUGUCAUACUUCACGCAUCAAAUCUAUUCAGAGAUGCUGUUCCUCCUGUCGUCUCGUUUAAUCUUGGAUCCCUAGGGUUUCUCACUUCCCAUACUUUUGAUGAUUAUAAAAAUGAUCUAAGACAAGUGAUUCACGGGAACAACACGACUGAUGGAGUUUAUAUUACACUAAGAAUGCGUCUCCGCUGUGAAGUAUUUCGAAAUGGGAAAGCUAUGCCUGGAAAAGUAUUUGAUGUCCUAAACGAGGUUGUUGUUGAUCGUGGGUCUAAUCCGUAUCUUUCAAAAAUCGAAUGUUACGAACAUGACCGCCUCAUAACCAAGGUGCAAGGUGAUGGAGUUAUAGUUGCCACUCCUACUGGAAGUACAGCUUAUUCCACUGCUGCUGGAGGUUCUAUGGUACAUCCAAAUGUUCCGUGUAUGCUCUUCACACCGAUUUGUCCACAUUCUCUCUCAUUCAGACCAGUCAUACUACCGGAUUCUGCUCGGCUCGAAUUAAAGAUUCCGGAAGAUGCACGGAGCAAUUGUUGGGUCUCGUUUGAUGGGAAGAGAAGGCAGCAGCUCUCGAGAGGAGAUUCUGUUAGAAUAUCAAUGAGCCAACAUCCACUCCCAACUGUCAAUAAAUCCGACCAAACAGGUGAUUGGUUUCGAAGCUUGAUCCGUUGCUUAAACUGGAACGAAAGGUUAGACCAAAAAGCCCUUUGAGAAACCAUACAAUUAUAUCUAUGUAUAUAUUACUGUACAGUUCAUAUAUAUACCUAUUAAAAAGGGUUAUAAGAUUGCUCUACAAUACCCAGGGAUAGCACUGUAAUAAGCUGUCUAUUCAUCUGAUUGUACAUCCUGAACAUUGUAGCUUCAUAUGGUUGUACUCUUUCACUUUUUCUAUAGAAAAAAAAUUAAAUAAAAAUGAAAUUUGUCAUGUAUCAAC